CGGCCGCCGAAUGCCCGUGGACGCGCAUCUCUUCCCAGAGUUCCUGCUUCCUGGGCCAGCCAAAGCCGCAGGGAACAGCGCAGGGCCUUGCCUGCUCUGAGUGCCUUGAAGAGGGAGCGGGGGGCACGGCUAAAGAGGCACCUGGCUCAAGGACUGAUCAAGACCAUGGCUGCAGCCCCCAGAUCCCACCUCCACGUCAAGAAGUUGUCCCUCGAAGCAGGCAUCCCCGCUGGGAAGGAGAACUCUAUGACCCCUCCUGAGGCUCGUCCCUUCACGCCCCCGCAGGAGGUCCCCAAUGCCUCCGACCAGGCUUCGGUUUCUGCCGCCUUAGAGUGGCAGCGGAAGCUGGAGGCUGCCGAGGCUCUGCUGGCCCUGAAAAACUCUUCUUGGGACCCCCCGGAAUCGAUCUCCCUGCACCAGCCCUGCAGCCCACCAGCUCCUGCGGGAGAUAGAGGACUCCAGCCUCCCAGCCCCCCUCUGCGACCCAGGCCGGCCAGCUCGGUUUCACUGCCUAUCGGACAUCUGGGGUGCAUCUCCCUCUUGACCUAA